CCAGUUGUUCCAUGCACAUGAUACACCUAUUAACUUUUCAUGCCAUUCUCUCCAAACAGUGUCUUGACAAGCCAACGUUGUGAAUCUGAUAGUCUUCAUUAAAAUUUAGUGGGGGAGGCAAAGAGUCCACUUAUUCAAUUUCUCCGUAAAGGCCACAGAAUGAAGAGCUUUCUUCCAGAGCUUUAACAUCACUCCUACUCUCUGAAUCAGUAUACGCAAAGGAACUUAAACACUUCACACGACAGGAACAACAUGGUUUGGAGGAUGACAGUUUUCAUUCAUGUUUUGUUUUUUGCCGGAAAGGUCACCUCCAAGAAAGGUAGGACCGUUUCCUACCUUAUGGUUGGAAGUGCACUCCUUUUCCGUGUUGUAACACUACACUUUAGGUUCUUUACAGCUUUAUAAUUCCGUAACAAUAUAUUAAUAUUUUUGUGUUUGUGUGUCAUUAUGUCUGAUAGCUCAGCUAGACUAAUGCAUUCUCAUGACCUUGGUCUUACUAUAAAGUGUAAACUCCAAGAAUCCAUAAUCACAAAUGCCAUUAAAUUAAAAUACUUUACAAUUUGAUAGCCACCUCGCUCCAUAUCACUGCUUUAUCAUUAAUAUUGCAAUAGUCAUUUUCUCUGACAUUUAUCAAAACAUCAGAAUAAACAGAACCGCAGUUACUUAUUUAUUACAAUGUAUUUGUAUGUUUGUUUAGGUGUUAAAUGUGGUGGAAUCCUGUCUUCAAGCAAUGACAAUAUAACAAGUCCUAAUUUCCCAGGCCUGUACCCUUAUAAUACGGUAUGCACCUGGCUGAUAGUGGUAUCAGAGGGAUCAUCAGUACUGUUAACUUUCCAUCACUUCGAGUUGGAGUACCAUAUAGACUGUGCUUAUGACUACAUAAAGAUUUACAAUGGGAUCUCAGAGGACGAGGGAAACCUGCUGGGGAAAUUUUGUGGUGAUGUGUCUCCUCCUCAAUUCAGCUCCUCCUGGAACGUCAUGUCCAUCAUCUUUCAUUCAGAUCGUCAUGUUGCACACAAGGGCUUCUCUGUUGGCUACAGGAAAGAUAUGUGUGGUGGGGUUUUGACCGGUCUCUCUGGAAUAAUCUCAAGUCCAGGUUAUCCACUAGACUACAGUAACAAUGCUGAUUGCUCGUGGACGGUACACGUGUCUAAUCAGAGUGUCGUCAGCCUGGUGUUCCUUGACUUCCAGUUGGAAAACAAUGAGGGGUGCAAUUUUGACUAUGUGGCUCUUUUUGAUGGCCCUACCAUUACACACAAUCACCUGGGAAACUACUGUGGUAAUGAGAAACCUCCCAACACCAUCACCGCAUCAAACCAACUGCUGGUGGUCUUCAAAUCUGAUUUCAACAUUGGGGGGAGAGGCUUUAAAGCCUACUAUUAUUCAGGAGAGUGCCAGCAGGUCUUGAAAACCAUUAGCGGGAACUUUACGAGCCCUCACUACCCAAACAUCUACCCCAACAACAUCAACUGUCAUUGGACUAUCACUCUAGCUGCCGGCUACAGGAUCAAGCUGUUUUUCCCUUCUCUGGAGCUGGAGGAUCGAAACAGUCUGACAGAUAUGUGCGAUUAUGACUCUGUGGCCGUGUAUGAUGGGGACAGUGAGAUAGACACCUUGUUGGGUCACUGGUGUGGUAGUGAACAACCGCCAUCUUUAACCUCUAAGGGAAAUAAACUGUUGGUUGUUCUGAACACUGAUAGGAACUAUGCCUUUAAGGGCUUUGUGGCAUCCUAUAUAGGAGGUGAGGGCUUGAAUUCAUUUAACAAACUAAUCAAAUUGAAAAGAUGUGGACUAAAGAUUUACAUUCUGUUCAUGGAGUAUUACUAAUUGUGUUUUGCUGUUGUGUCACAGUGGUGCCAGUCAACAUAAGCUGUACUAGAACGGAGUUUCAGAUUCAGAUUGCCAGACAGGCGUUGCCUCAGAUAGAUCGUGAGGGCAUUUAUCUGGGAAAUCCGUCCUGUUCUGCCCAGCUUACCGAAACAUCCUACAAAAUUCUUGCCCGCUUCGUUAACUGUGGAACUGCUGGACAGGUAUAAAAUUAAAGACACACUUCACCAGUUUUGAUGUUAUUCAUUCAUGUUUCAUUUUUGACAUAUGGAAUAACAUACGUUGCAAAUGGACUGAGUUAAAAAAUUCAAUAUCUAUCCUCUUCAGAAACGACAAAACAUUACCAUGCUGGUGAACUCGCUCUAUAUUGACUUUGAUGGAACAC